CCACAACAAACAGGAAGUAUGGUGGAGUUUGUGUGAGGAGUUACUGAAAACUGUUUUGUGUUAUAAAAAUGCUAGAACUAAAUAAACUUGACGUUAGAAAUAACCGGUUUGUACAUGUGUUUCCUAGACCAUAGACAAUGCUUAACAGAUGGGAGAUGAAAAUGCUUAGAAAUGUGUGAUGCGUUUUACAUCUGAGUGGAGCCAAACAAAUGUUACUAGAAUGCCGGGAGGCCUUUCCCUGCAUUCGUAACAAAUGCUGCUCUCGUUAGAAACUAUGGCAAACGGUGGAGUAUGAAAUGCUUGAAAACUAGUAAUACCCAUACAGAAAACGGAAAUGAAGUGCAACUCACAGCGACAGGUUGACAUGUAUGCAAAUCAACAGCUGGACCAGGCUACCAUGUUUUGGGCACUGGCUUCAUAUUGCCAUUGAGGAGCAUGCGUGAUCCUAGAGUAAGCCGUGCCAAUGGAGUACAGUAUGUAAGAAGGUGGUUGGAGCUUUUUCCAACAGCUGUAAAAUGAAGAAAGCCCUGAGUGAUGCUCAAGAAGCUUCCUGAACAUAAACUAAUCACCGAAUCACCCACAAGAUGGAGCUCCAGACAGUGCAUGAUUGAGCAAUUUGUUGAACAAGAGAAGGCCAUUCGUUAUAUGCUGGGUGCAGACAGAAAGUGCCGGCAUCUCAUCCCAACCUGGCAAGAUGUUGAGGUGCUAGAAUCAGUAAACAAAGCACCUGGUCCUCUGUUAGAGUUUACGGAUGCGCUUUCAGGUGAGCAAGUUGUAACAGUCUCCUACCUCAAACCUGUCCUGGCAUCGUUCAACACAGAGGUCCUGGCAGUUAAGUCUGACGACACAGACCUAACCAAAACAAUCAAAGAAACCAUUCUGGAAUACCUGAACAUGAAAUACAAAGAAGACAAUUUGGAUGACCUCUUAAGUUUGGCAUCCACACUUGACCCCUGCUUUAAAACCUGCUACAAUGAUGAUGACCAGAUUGAAGCCAUUUCAUCAACAGUCACCACUGAGCUUAUGACCAUGGCAACAGAGGAAGACCGUGCUUCCCCAGGCCCCUCAACCACUACAGCUCAGGGUACCACUGCAGAAGGUGCAGCAGGUGGUGAUGACACCAGGGAGUCAUCCAAAAAGGCCAAAAAAUCAUUCAGAUGUUACAUCAAAAAACAAGAAGUCAGAGGAGGGGAGUCACUUGCCACUGCCAUUGAAAAUGAGCUCAAGAGCUACCUGAUGAUCCCUGAGGUGGACAGUGAAGUCAAUCCACUUGAGUGGUGGGAAUCACAGGAGGUCAAUUUCCCCAGGCUGGCGAAACUGGCCAGAAAAUAUCUAUGCAUCCCUGCUUCAAGCAGGCCUUCAGAGAGGGCAUUCAGCACAAGUGGAAAUGUUGUAACCUGUCACAGGUCUUCACUCAAGCCUGAUGCUGUGGACACAUUAGUGUUUUUGGCUCAUAACUUGAAGUAAAUAACCUGUGCAAGUGAACAGUUGGCCUAUAUUUUUUUCUGCAGAGUUCCAGCAUAUUGUUUAUGCUAGUGUGUGCUAUAAUAACAAUACUUGGUAUUUUGUCUAUUUGAUUUAAAAUUGUGGAUUUUGUUUACAUUUUUAUGAUAUUUUAAUUUAAUGACAUUUUGUUUACAAUUUUUACUAUAUUUUUGUACACUACCUAAGAUAAUAUGGAGCAAACCUGUUUUGGCAUAUUCUCCUGUUUUGGUUUUGUGUGAUUUAUGUACAGCCCUGGACAUAACUUGAAGUUGGUCAUUGUUCAAUAUGGCCAUAAAAUAGAUUAAGUUGGUGUGCAAUGUUCUGUAGAAGGCCAUAAGAUAGAUUAAGCUGGUGUGCAAUGUUUUGUAGAACAUGCAUGGAGCACUUUGUUUACAAUGUUAACAAAUGCUAAUAUUUCAUUUAUUUGCUCUUGCUCAUACAGUAUGCUGCACAAUUUACCUCGCAGCAGAGAAUCUGAAUGUUUACCCAUUCAAUGUUUCUAUAUUGGAGUUUAAUUAUGAGGAGUCUUUGAAUUAUUUUUACU